AAAAAGUGCGCAGCCUAGCAAGAUGGACUAUAACAAUAUCAACGGGAAAGACAGCAAUCAGAUGUUUAUAGAAUCGGAGAUCUAUUCGAGAUCUGGCGCUUCAUCGAGACGCGCUAGUAACGAGAGCGUCAAAAGUGUAAACUUGCCUUUAGAAUCCAAACCGUUAGAAAGAAGAUUGACUCCUCACUUUCAAGGCAACCAUGAUGGUUUCAAUAACACCGAUAUAGGUGAAACGACCAAAACCAGAUCAAAGUCUUUGAUCAAUAUUUCGAGAAGAAAUAGAAGUCCUAGUUUUGAUCAGGGACUCAAAGAUAUAGAGGAAAGUCCGAAGAACAAUUCUUAUAGAAGAGGUUCAUGGCAACAAGAAAGACCAGCACUGACAAGUUUUUUAUCAAUAAAAGACGCAUUCGGGCCUCAAUUGGGAGAUGACGCUACCACUACCCUCCCAGGAACACCACUACCAUCUUUAGUACAAGACGCAGUAGAUGAACCAUUUACCACAGAUCUAUCACCUCCUACUCCCAUUGCUGAGAAAACACAGAAUUUGGACCCAGAUAGUUUAUUCUUUAGAGAUGGUAGAAGAAAAAUUGAUAUGGUUCUGGUUUAUGAAGAAGAAGAACUGGGAGUGAUGACUGAAGCAGAAGCAAGAAAGAGAGACAACAGAAAAAUAUUUCAGGAAAAUCUUGUUAAAGAAGGAUUGGAACUGGAGUUAGAACACAAAGAUCUAUCUUUUGACGGUAAAACAUGGUUUUUAAAAAUACAUCUACCCUGGAAGACAAAAACUCGCUACGCAGCAUUAAUGGGAAUGAAGCUGCCUGUCAAAAGAUUCAUUACUAUAUCUGUCAAGGCUUGGGACGAUAAGAAGGAUCAGGUCAAAGGCAUAUCUUUGUGGCAAAGUUGGCAAAAGAAAUGGCGUGAUAUAUACGAGUACAAUCACGAUUUGAUACCAAAAGAACCGUCAUUUUAUGAUGCUACAGAUGGGGGAGACAGAGAAGAGCAAUUUGUAGUCAAGGAUCGAACAACUAGUUACUCAAGUGCUCAGAGAAGUUUGAUUGUUAUGCAAAUAUUGCUCAGAGUUAAAUUUGAUGAUACGGAUAAGGUUGGAAUAAGAAGACUUUUGAAUAACAACACCUUUAUAGCGUGUUUUCCUUUACACGAAGGAAGAUGGGAUCGAGGUGAAUCAGAUGGAACACUGUUAGAUAGAAGAUUGCUGUAUGUUGAAUGGGCUAGAUUUUCAAAAAUGCUGAAAAGGCAACCCCUAAAUCUAGUAAGAAAAUAUUUCGGAGACAAAAUUGCACUUUAUUUUUGCUGGUUGGGGUUUUAUACGAAAAUGUUGAUAUCUCCAGCUAUCGUUGGGACACUGUGUUUUUUAUACGGGGUAUUCACCAUGGAUAGUGAUGACAAUAUACCCACGAAAGAAAUAUGUGAUCCUAAGGGUCCUGGGAAUAUAACCCUUUGCCCGUUGUGCGACAAAGCGUGUAGUUACACCAGGCUGGUUGACAGCUGUAAAUUCGCCAAACUCACCUACUUGUUUGACAAUCCGGCAACGGUGUUUUUUGCAAUUUUCAUGAGUUUGUGGGCUACGGUUUUUCUGGAAAUGUGGAGAAGGAAACAGAAUGUCAUCCAGUGGGAGUGGGACCUACAAGGAACAGAGCAGGAUGAAGAACCUAGACCAGAAUUUGAAACUAGUGUGAAAACUUUUCGUACAAACCCCGUAACACGAGAAAAGGAACCCUAUCUUCCUCUAAGAUCAAAAAUUUUCAGAUUUGCUGUCACAGGCAGUGCAGUUUUCUUUAUGUUAUUUAUAGUGCUGUGUGCAGUACUGGGUACUAUAAUAUACCGACUGUCUUUAGUAACGAUAAUUUAUGGUAGCGAGAGGUUUUUCUUAAGAAAUCAUGCGAAAAUUGUGACAUCCGUAACAGCUGCACUUAUUAAUCUUAUUUUUAUCAUGUCGCUCACAAGGGUUUAUCACCGUUUAGCAAUUUAUUUAACAAAUUUGGAAAAUCCCCGAACACAUACAGAAUACGAAGAUUCCUACACUUUUAAAAUAUUCCUUUUCGAGUUCAUGAAUUUUUACUCAUCUUUGAUAUACAUCGCAUUUUUUAAGGGUCGCUUUUUUGACUAUCCCGGAGAUAUAAUAAGUAGAAAAUCCGAAUUUUUUCGUGUGAAAGGUGAUAUCUGUGAUCCGGCUGGUUGCCUGAGCGAAUUGUGUAUUCAACUAUCGAUCAUCAUGAUCGGUAAACAGAUUUUUAACAAUUUUGUGGAGAUUUUUAACCCGAAAUUUUAUAAUUGGUGGAGAUACAGAUCGCACAGAUCAAACACCAAAGAUCUGUCUAGGAAACACACCAGAUGGGAAGAAGACUAUCAUUUACAGGAUCCAGGAAGGCUAGCUCUUUUUGAUGAAUACUUAGAGAUGAUACUCCAAUAUGGCUUCGUAACGCUGUUCGUCGCUGCGUUCCCUUUAGCUCCUCUAUGUGCCUUAUUAAAUAAUAUAGCUGAGAUACGCUUAGACGCUUACAAGAUGGUGACUCAAGCCAGACGCCCUCUGGCGGAACGCGUGGAAGACAUCGGCGCGUGGUAUGGGAUUCUCAGAGCCAUAACUUAUGCUGCGGUGGUGUCUAAUGCGUUUGUGAUAGCUUACACUAGUGACUUUAUUCCAAGGAUGGUGUACAAGUAUAAAUAUUCUCGAACAGAAGAUUUAGUAGGAUAUAUUGACUCUUCAUUAUCAGUUUUUAAUACUUCCGAUUACCACGAAAACAUGGGAGCUGACGACAACGAAAUGACACCAGAUACUUGCCAAUAUAGAGGCUACAGAAACGGGCCAAAUGAAACUAAUCCUUAUGGACUGAGUCCACAGUACUGGCAUGUGUUUGCAGCAAGACUAGCUUUUGUAGUCAUUUUUGAGCACGUUGUAUUUGCUCUGGUUGGAAUCAUGCAAUACGUCAUUCCAGAUGUGCCUUCAGAGUUAAAAACUCAAAUGCAAAGGGAAGCUCUGCUAGCCAAAGAAGCGAAAUAUGAACAUGGAUUAAAAAAGACGGAAUACGACUAUGAUGACGUAUUGAAUACAAUCAGAGAACACGAUAUUUCUUAUAAAAAUAACGAAAGUAAAAUAGGUAUCAGAGGUUCAUGGGCCAGAAGACUAAGCAGACUUUCAGACGGUUUAGAUGCCCACGUGGAAGUAAUAAGCAGGAAAAAGACUCCCAGUUCGACAGUGUGGGAAUGCUCUUAAUAUACUAUUAAUUAUUUUAUUAACAAUAUAAUUGUAAAAGUGACGUUAAUAAAAAAUAUUGAAA